AACUUCAAUCCCUCUUUUGCUUUACCAAAUUCCAUUUUCCAAUUCAAAACCCUAACUCCGUUCGAAGCACCAAAUCGUGAUGGCACCAAAGGCAGAGAAGAAGCCAGCAGAGAAGAAGCCUGUGGAGGAGAAGAAAUCGACGGUGGGAGACAAGGCUCCGGCGGAGAAGAAGCCAAAGGCCGGAAAGAAGCUUCCGAAGGAGGGAGGCGCCGGCGGAGAAGGUAAGAAGAAGAAGAGAACCAAGAAGAGCGUGGAGACAUACAAGAUCUACAUCUUCAAGGUUCUGAAGCAGGUUCACCCUGACAUUGGUAUCUCAAGCAAGGCCAUGGGAAUCAUGAACAGCUUCAUCAACGACAUCUUCGAGAAGCUUGCCCAGGAAUCUUCUAGACUUGCCCGCUACAACAAGAAGCCCACCAUCACUUCAAGGGAAAUUCAGACCGCGGUCAGGCUUGUGCUGCCCGGUGAAUUGGCCAAGCACGCCGUUUCUGAGGGUACCAAGGCUGUCACCAAGUUCACUAGCUCUUGAAUUAGCUAUCUUAUCGCUUUUCUAAGACUCUUUUCUGUCCCAAUUUGAGAUUUUAAUCAGUAGUAGACUUUUUUUUGUUUGAUAGGAUUUGUAAUUGAAAGAAUGGUCUUGGGUUGAUCCUUUUGUGUAUUGAAGUGGCAAGAUGUAUUGAUUAUAUAGGAACGCAGUAUUGUUUAGUAUUAUACUUUCAAGAAUCUCCAAUCGGCCAUUCGUUAAUAAUUGUUUUUUCGGA